GUGCCCCCCACUACCCCCCUCAAUGCCUCAGCCCACCCUCCCGGGGCACCUGCCUGGGAAAGGGGGCACCACCAGCCUCGGGCCUUUGAUGUUACCAUCAUCACUGAGUGGGACCUGGUGUGUGAUCGGGGGCCGCUGCCAGCACUGGCCCAGACCCUCUUCAUGGCGGGCGUCCUGCUGGGAGCCUUCAUUUUCGGGACCUUGUCGGACAGGGUGGGACGCCGGUGGGUGCUGCUGUCCUCCCUGCUGAUAGUGGGGGCUGGAGGCACGGGGGCAGCACUGGCCCCUGACUUCACCACCUACUGCGUGUGCCGAACCCUGAGCGGUAUCGGCUUGGCCGGAUUCCUGAUCAACUACAUCGGUCUCAGCCUGGAGUGGGUGCCGCGGGGGGCGCGCGCAGGCGUGGUGACCUGGCUCAGCUACUGCAGCACGGCCGGGCAGCUGGUCCUGGCUGGCCUCGCCUACAGCAUGCGGGACUGGCGCCACUUGCAGCUGGCCAUCUCUGCCCCAUUCCUGGCCUUCGUGCUCAGUGCCUGGUGGGUCCCUGAGUCUGCACGGUGGCUGCUGGUCCAGGGCCGGACCAAGGAGGCACUGAGGAACCUGCAGCGGGUUGCCCGCAUCAAUGGCAGAACCGCGGCAGGGGAGGGGCUGAGCCUGGAGGUGCUGGUGCAGGAGGGAAGCUACAGCUCCACGGGACGAAGCACUGGGUCCUGGCUGGGGCUAUUCCUGUCCCCGGCUCUGCGCCGCAUCUCCUGCUGCCUCAUGUGUGUCAGCUUCUCCACCAACCUGGCCUACUUUGGGUUGUCCAUGGACUUGGGGUCCUUUGGCCUUAACGUCUUCCUGGUGCAGCUCUGCUUCGGGGCCGUGGACUUGGGGGCCAAGGCGGCCUGUGCCCUGGCCCUGAGCCGCUGCGGCCGCCGGCCUGUCCAGGCCCUUUCCCUCAGCGUGGCUGGUGCCUGCUUGCUGGCCAGCACCCCCCUGCCUGCCGAGAUGCUGAUGGUCCGGCUAGCCCUCGUGGUGCUGGGAAAAGGCUUCCUGGCGGCAGCGUCUGUCUGCUCCUACCUCUAUGGGGGAGAGCUCUUCCCCACCGUUGUCAGGCAGACGGGCACAGGGCUCAUGACUGUGGUGGCCCGCCUCGGGGGUAUGGUGGCUCCGCUGGUGCUGGUGGGUGGCCAGUACCACUCGGUCCUGCCACCUCUUGUCUUUGGGGUGACACCCGUCCUGGCCGGCGCAGCUGCCUGCUUCCUGCCUGAGAUGCGGGAUGUCCCGCUGAUGGACACCAUCGAGCAGGUGGAGGAGAGGGCCAGGCGUAAGGGACCCGAGCCCGUGGUGGAGGUCGUCUCCGUCUCCCACAUCAUCCGCUCCACCCGGAUCUGAGCCCUGCACAAGGGGGGCAGCUCCGGCCCCCGCUCUGCUGGGACACACGGGACCCCCUACAGGCCGGUGCCACCCCUCGGGGUAGAGGUCAAUGGCCUGCGGGGUGGGACGUGGAGCUGGCGCCCGCCCCCAUGGAGACGGGUACAACCCUAAGGGGGUUGUGGACUGGUGUCAACCCCCCCAUGGCGCAAGGUGGGCCUUGAAUGCGCCCCCACCGUGGAGAAGAAGCGGUGCGACCCCCCCCCACCCAAAGGUGAGGCUGCGGAGGGGCACCUCCCAGCCCUGGGGUGCAUCUGGCACGACUCAACCUGGCUCUCGGGCAGAGCCUGGGCAUUAACACCCUCCCUUCGCGGAGGAAGAUGGAACGAUUCUUCCCCCCGCCGCAACGGGGGCUGGAGUUACACUGUACAAACCUCUGCACCCUAAAGUGUGGGGGGCUCUGGACUUGAACCGGCCGCUGGAGGGGUGCGGAGCGGCACAACUCUCGCCCCCGUGCAGCCAGAGGCUGGCGGCUGUCACCCUCAGGGAAAACCCGGCAUAUCCCCCCUUCCUCCACACUGCAGCCGUGAUGUGGCUGGCUCAGGGUGGAGCGCCGGGGGUACUUCCAUGCACCCUCGCUCCCUCCAGUCCUGCUGCUGCCUUUUGUAAAUAAAGUUGUAUUUAAAACAAAAAAACC